AUGGAGUCAGGGCCGCCUGGCGGCUCCGGGCCCGCGGAGCCGGGGCCUCGCCUGCGCGGCUGGCGCGGCGCGGACGCGGCGGCCUCGGCUUCCUCGCUGAGCCGCUUCGGGGCCGAAGCCGGGUGUCGCGCGCCGGCUGUGGCGGCCGUGUUGCCGGCGGGGGGGAGUGGGGAAAGGAUGGGCGUCCCCACCCCGAAGCAGUUCUGCCCCAUCCUGGAGAGGCCGCUCAUCAGCUACACCCUGCAGGCCCUGGAGAGAGUAUCUUGGAUAAAGGACAUUGUUGUGGCAGUAACUAGAGAGAACAUGGAAACAAUGAAGGGAAUUAUUCAGAGGUACCAGCAUAAACGCAUCUCACUGGUUGAAGCUGGAGUGACCCGCCACAGGUCAAUUUUUAAUGGUCUGAAAGUACUGGCAGAGGAUCAGCCCAACUGUAGACUCUCAAAGCCAGAAGUAGUGAUCAUCCACGAUGCUGUGAGACCAUUUGUUGAGGAAGAUGUCCUCCUCAAAGUUGUCACCGCUGCUCAGGAACAUGGGGCCUCAGGAGCAAUCCGACCUCUUGUAUCUACUGUCAUCAGUCCGUCUGCAGACAGCUGCUUAGACCACUCCCUGGAACGUGCCAGACACAGGGCAAGUGAAAUGCCACAGGCCUUUCUAUUUGAUGUGAUCUAUGAAGCAUAUCAGCAGGAUGACCCAAAGCACACCUUCCUUCCAGCAACGACAAGGCAGCAGCAUGGGUGUGAUGCUUCUUUCCAGGGAAGCCCAUUAGAGACUUGGUGUCUUAAAGGCACUGGGCACAGUGAACCACUCUUACCAGUUAACUAUUCCCUGGAAACACGCCAAGAAACAAACUCCCUGACGCUGGCCGAGGGCCUGCCUGAAUUUAUUCAUAUUUAUGUGAGCGUUUGCUUUAAGAAGAAGAAUGUUAGCUCUAUUUUAGAAAAUUUAAUACGAUCCUAUGAUCUUCACAUUAGAGUAGUAUGUUUCAACAGUUUUUGGUAGAGAAUUAGGCCCUGAAGCACUGAGGUACUGAUUCUCAAAUUAUAGUUACCAGACCAGCAACCUAAGCAUAUUUUAGAUUUUGUUAAAAUGCAAAUUCUGGGCCUUUACCUCAGACCUACUUAGUUAGAAACUCUGGCAACGGAAACACCAAUUUGUGUUUUAACAAACAAGCCUGCCAUGUGAUCCUGAUUAACCCUGAAUUUUGGGAACCAAAAUUUACCACAUACAACCCUAAGGUAUUCAUUGUAUGUGGUUAAGUCUCUUCCAUUGCAUUCUUUGGAGAAUUGAGAAUGAAGUCACACAAAACCAACUCUUCUAUGGUUCAGAGGAGGAAUGCUCACAGCAUCUUGGAGGUUUUGAUGCAAGUUCUUAUGAAAGUCAUUUUUGAUCAUAAAGUCAUUCAUAAGAAAGUUUGUAUAAAAUAUUUCUCAUGUAUACUAUUUAUGUACAUAUAUAUUCUAGUUUUAAAAAGUAGAGAAGAGUAAAACAGGACAGAGUUCCAGGGGUGGGAAGUCAUUUUCUAUAGAUUGAUCAGAGAUGCCCUGUAAAAAGGUAAAAUUUAAGCCAGCAUUGAGAAGUGAGUGAGGAGAUAAGUUGUGCAGGUAACUGAGAUCAUUAUUUUAGGUACAGGAUGCAGAAUCUAAAAAGGUGGAGUGAGGCCUGAGAAGAAUGACAUCAUGGAGGGAAGUAGGAGAUUUGGUUAGGGAGGCUCUGUGUGUGGUGUCUCGUAGGGUCUUAAGGCAAUGAUAUGGGCUUUAGGUUUUACCUUGAACGAAAAGGGAACUUUAGAUGGUGCUGUGUGAAGUCCCACUUCUAUGGGACCACCCUAUCCCUUGUGGGGAUGGUACCUUACAGAAGGUAAGGGAAGAAGUAAGCUAUUGUGAUGAUCAAGGCAAAGAUGAUGACAAUUACGGCAAUUUGUGUAGUAUAGUAUUUGGGGUGAAGUGUUUGUGUUCUGAAGAGAUUUAGAGGUAAAAUGAGGAUAAACCAUUUAGUCAGGGAUCAGGUAUCAGAAUGGGAAGACCAGUGGGUCCAAGGAUUUGCUCUGAAUAACUAGAACACAGUGGUCCUUUAUUGAGAUAGGAAGUGCUAGGGAAGAGAGUUUUGUAUGAUAAGAUCAAAAGUUUGCUUCUGUUGUACUAAGUUUGAGGUUUCCUGUAGACAUUGUAAAAAAUGUGAAGAAGAUAGUUGAAUAUAUGAAGCUAUAAUUCUGUGGAAAGGUCCAGAUAAAGAUAGGCACUUGACUUCCUGUAGAGCUCAGGGAACCCUACUAGUGCUCUGUGGUGACCUAAGUGGGAAAUAAAUCCAAAAAAGAGGUGGUACAUGUGUAUAGCUAACUCACUUUGUUGUACAGUAGAAGCCAACACAUUGUAAAGCAACUAGACUCCAGUGAAAAAUUAA